AUGCCGCCGGAUCGCAAUCGGGCGGGUCAAACCCCGACGUCCCAGGCCAAGUCUCAACGCACUCUGGCAUGUGUGAAUUGUCAACAACGCAAGAUUAAAUGUAACCGAGAGUUUCCCUGCGCAAACUGUCUCAAGCAGCACACACAAUGUGUACCAGCGUCACAAACCCGUCCUAGAAAACGUCGUUUCCCCGAGCGGGAAUUGUUGAGUCGUCUUCGGAAGUACGAGGAUCUGCUGCGACAGAACAAUGUGAGGUUUGACCCCCUUCAUGAGGAUUCAAGUAUCAAAGGGGAUGGUAUCGACGAAUAUUCUGAGGAAGAGCAGCAAUCUCGACCAAACCACUCAUCUCCGGCCCGCAAAAGGACAGAAAGUACAUCUGAGCCCAAAAACUUGUGGCAGGCCAUGAAUCAAGGUCCUCGUCACCCCCAAAGCGAUGGCAUACGUGAGGCCAUGGUUAGAAUGUCCUGGGACCAAUGUUUUGAAAAUGAUGACCAUAUCAUUCUCGGCUCACGAAAAUCAUCUGUUGACCUUGCGACUAUGCACCCUGAACCGGUCCAUAUCAUCAGGCUCUGGCAGUUAUACCUUGAAAAUGUCAAUCCACUGUUCAAAGUGACACAUACCCCAAGCCUCCAGGGAAUGAUUAUUGAGGCUGCCACUAAUAUUACGAGUAUUGAGCCUCGACUUGAAGCGCUGAUGUUCAGCAUAUAUUGCAUAGCCAUCCAGAGUCUCACUGGAGAUAUUUGUCAAUCAAUAUUUGGCUUGUCGAAGGCUCAGCUUUUGACGAAGUAUCAAUUUGGAUGCCAGCAAGUUUUGCUCAAUUGUCAAUUUUUGCGUACUGAUAACCGUACUUGCUUAACGGCCUUCUUCCUAUUUCUGUUUUCACUUCACUCGAACACAAAUCCCCAGUCUCUUUCGUCAAUGCUUGGGAUUGCGAUUCGAACUGCCCAGCGCAUGGGCAUUCAUAGUGAAACCUACUUGGCCAGAUACAGCGUCUUCGAGGCCGAAAUGAGCCGCAGACUGUGGUGGGCCCUUAUGAUGUUUGACACCCGUGUGGGUGAACUGUCAGGGGCCAAAACAUCCACCCUGAACCCUACAUGGAACUGCAAACCGCCUUUGAAUAUUAAUGAUUCAGAUCUUUGGGCGGAAAUGAAAGAGCCUCCCGCUGUUCAGGGCAAAGCAACUGAGGCAGUAUUUGCAGUCCUACGAAGUGAAUUGGCCAACUACAUCCGACAUUCCCCAUUUCAUCUUGAAUUUCUGAAUCCAGCAUUGAAGCCGAUUGCAAGGGAACUUCCCAAAGGAGGCGAUGUAGCCACAUUCGAAAAGAGAAUUGAGGAAGAGUAUCUCAAGUAUCUCGACGAGGAGAAUCCGCUUCAUUUUAUGGCAAUCUGGACAAUGCGGGCGCACCUUUCAAAAUGCCAUCUCCUGGAAAGAUACGCGAAAUAUUUUGACUCCUUGGCACACCGAACCGAUACAGAAAGUGAUGCCGCCGUGUCUCAGGCCUUUCGCCUCCUCGAGUGUGACACGAAAAUUCUCACUUCGCCUCUAACGAAAGGAUAUUGCUGGAUUCUUCAAAUAUACUUCCCUUUUCCCGCAUAUAUUCAUAUAAUUCAGGACUUGAAGAAACGACCCGAUAGUAAUCACACAGAAAAGGCCUGGCAGGUUAUGAACGAAAACUAUGGGGUGCGAUUCAACUCGUCCAGUGGCUUCGAUGGUCCUCUAUUUGCGAUCUUUGCUAGGCUUAUUAUUGAGGCUUGGGAAGCUCUCGAAACAACCUACAAACAGUCAGGCACACAGGUGCCAUGCCCGGAAAUCGUUUUGAAUAUCAAGCAAAGAUUAGCAGACAUGACUAAGGACAUUCCGACUCCUGGUUCUGAGAUUCCAGACGAUGCUUUGGAGAAUUUGUUGAAUCAGCCAAUGCCUAUGCCCAUAGAUAUGGGUAUGGGUAUGGGACCAGGAAUGGGAAUGGGCUUUGGAAAUGAAAGUUCGUUAUCUGGCAUGGCUGGGCAAGUUGGAUUCCCUUGGUCGGAUCCAAGGCUAUUAACCAACAUGCCCGGACAACCAUCCAUGCCCUGUGAUUUCCAUCAUCUCAAUUGGGUAUCGAUGGUCUGGGGUUUGCGUGAAGCGCGCGGAUGGUGA